AUGGCCUGGACAUUCUACUACUAUGACCCUUCUAGCCCAGCGGCAGGUAUUUUCGUCGGGCUCUUCGGCGUGAGCACUCUCCUCCAUUUCUACCAGCUCAUUCGAAUGCGGACAUGGUUUAUGAUUCCAUUUUUGAUCGGGGGAGUUCUUGAAACUGUCGGUUAUGUCGGUCGUCUACUCUCCUCGAUUGAGACACCCGACUGGACAAAGGGCCCCUAUGUCAUGCAAAGUGCCCUGAUCCUAAUUGCACCGGCGUUCUUGGCUGCGAGUAUAUACAUGACACUGGGGCGGAUCAUCCUCAUGCUCAACGCAGAGCGAUGCUCGCUGAUCAAGCUGAGAUGGUUGACCAAGAUCUUUGUGUCUGGUGACGUGCUCUCUUUUUUGAUGCAGGCCUCUGGCGCUGGUAUCAUGGUUCAAGAUUCGACGAAUCCCUCGAGGGGCGAACGCAUCAUUAUAGGGGGCCUCUUUGUGCAGAUCAUCAUCUUCGGCUUUUUCAUGGUCAGCGCAGUGGUAUUCCAGGCUCGCCUUGUCAAAAGUCCCACCACCCGAUCGAUAGAGCUAUCGGCAAUCUGGCGUCGGCAUCUGGCUGCCCUUUACAUCACAAGUGUUCUGAUCCUGGUGCGCUCAGUGGUUCGCGUGGUUGAGUACCUGCAGGGAUAUGAUGGGUAUUUGAUGAAACAAGAGGUGUUCAUCUAUGUUUUCGAUGCUCUGUUGAUGUUCGCCGCAAUGCUGGUCCUCCAGUAUAUCCACCCGAGUGAGAUAAAUUGCCUUCUGGGCCGAGGCGAGAAAUACGCAGAGAAAGUGUUCAUAAUGCGCAUAUUCGUUCCCCAGUCAGCUUUGGAGAUGGGACAGACGGCAGGGGCAUAA